GGAGGGGGGCAGACCAAGGAAGCAGCCCAUCUUUUGCUUGUCCGGGCACGCCGUGAGCGCCUGAGCGGUGAGGCAGCUCCUCGGCGAGUCCGAACUCCAACAGUAUAGAAAUCCGGAAUCGCCGCGUCGCCAGGGGCAUCCGCGGCGAGCCGGCGAGCCUUUGACCUCCCCCACCCCCAUCUUCAGCAUAGAACCAAAAAACCCGCUGAUCCGAACCGCCGAGUCCCGUCCCCCCUCCCGAUCCGGCGACGAUGGAGGGCGGCGCCGACGCCUUCGGGUCCUCGACCGCGCCGCUGGCCUGGCACGACUUCCUCGAGCGCAUGCGCCAGCCUUCCGCCGCCGAAUUUGUCAAGUCCAUCAAGGGCUUUAUCAUGAAUUUCUCAAACAGAGCACCUGAUCCAGAGAGAGAUAGUGCAGCUGUUCAAGAGUUCCUUGAAAAUAUGGAAGGUGCUUUCAGAGCCCACACUCCUUGGGCUGGCAGUUCUGAAGAAGAACUAGAGAGUGCCGGUGAGGGCCUCGAGAAGUAUGUUAUGACAAAGCUGUAUAAUCGGGUAUUUGCUUCGGUCCCGGAAGAUGUGAAGAGUGACGAAGAGCUUUUUGAGAAGAUUUCUCUACUACAGCAGUUUAUACGUCCUGAAAACUUAGAUAUAAAACCAGAAUAUCAGAAUGAAACAUCAUGGCUGCUUGCGCAAAAGGAGCUGCAAAAGAUAAACAUGUAUAAGGCUCCAAGGGAUAAGCUUGCUUGCAUUCUGAACUGUUGUAAAGUCAUCAAUAACUUACUUAUGAAUGCUUCUCAUAUGUCACAUGAUAACCCCCCUGGAGCUGACGAAUUUCUUCCAGUCCUCAUCUAUGUCACCAUAAAGGCUAAUCCUCCACAGUUACACUCAAAUCUUUUAUACAUACAAAGAUACAGGUGUCAAUCACGACUGGUGUCAGAGGCCCAAUAUUUUUUUACAAACAUCCUAUCUGCGGAGUCUUUUGUUUGGAACAUUGAGGCGGAGUCUUUAUCCAUGGAUGAACGAGAUUUCCAAAAGAAGAUGGAUUUGGCAAGGGAACGCUUGUUAGGAUUAUCAGUUGGCUCAGAUAACCAGGAGAAUCAGACCAAUCUUGAUGUGGGGGAGCAUGGAUCACAAACGCUAAAGGCUAGUGGAAAUUCCGAUGCCAACCUACCUUUGAAAGAUCAUGUCCAAGGUCCAGUUCAGGACAUGAAAAGGGCAAGUGAUGUGAGUAGUAAAUCAGUUGAGCGGGUGCAAUCUAUAUCUGAUUUAGAGAAGAAGGGAGCUACAGAGCUUGUCAAGGAUGACGACUUGAGCAAAAUAUUCCAGGAAUACCCAUUUCUGUUUGCCCGUGCUGGUGAUCUGACAGUUGCUGAUGUAGAUACCCUUUUAAACUCUUACAAGCAACUAGUACUUAAGUAUGUAGCACUCUCCAAGGGGAUGGGUGUCACCCCUGAAACUCCUCUUGUUCAGAACAUGCAAACUGCAUCCGAUCUUCAGAUAUCCGAGGAGCCUGAGAAUGUGAAGAGUGUUGUAAAUAGCUGCGACAGCACUGAAGCAAGCAGCAAGACUCAGGAGGACAUUAGAAAUGAAAUUCCCGACUCAGAAGAAGUAGGCAAUGCAGGUACACAACAAGCUGCUGUCGAUCCAAGUCGUGACCAGAAAACACUGAAAAAUGAAUCAUCAGAUCAGCCAGAGCAUGCGUGAGCUGGCAGUCGGGUCAAGCUGGUGAAAUACAGUGAGAACAUUGCCUUCUGCAGUUUGUUCUUAUACCAAGAGGCGAGCGGCCGCGGAACAGAAUGGAUAUUUCCCCUGAGCAGAUAUGCCGCGAUCCUUGAAACCACAGUUGUAGAGUACAUGCUGGAAACCGGGAAACAGAUAUUCAGCACCGAAGGAAGAUGGCAUUUUAUUCUGCUGAAGCUAGAUCCAUAUCCAAACAUUUGUUGGUUGAUCCUUGGGGCUCUUGAUUUUGUGGUGAAUGCCAUUUUUGUAAACUGUUACUACUAUGUAACUAGAAUUUCCAUAAGGGCAGGUAUUAUUCGUGCCAAUAUUCAGAGUAAUUUAUGUACCUGCAUGUGGUUUCUUAA